GUUAUUCUGAGGAGGGAACCGGAACUGGUCCCGCGGUAACCAUACACUCAGAUCUGUAACUCUUCCCUUUCCAAAAGAAGAGCUCAAAAGAGAAGGUUCAUCUCUUGCAGAUCUCACAGCUAUGCCUCAGGAUGUGACUGUGGACUUCACCCAGGAGGAGUGGCAGCAACUGGACGCUGAUCAGAAGGCCCUCUACAAGGAUGUCAUGUUGGAAAACUAUUGCCACCUCAUCUCUGUGGGGUUCCAUAUGACUAAACCUGAUAUGAUCCGCAAGUUGGAAGAAGGAGAAGAACUAUGGACAACAGAGAGAAUUUUUUCAAGUAAAAGUUAUUUAGAAGAAGAUGGGAAAGCUGAAGAUGUUGUAAUGAAGUUUAAAGAAUACCAAGAUAGGCAUUUUAGAUCAGUUGUAUUCAUCAACCACAAAAGAUUAAUUAAGGAAAGAAGUAAUAUUUGGGGGAAAACACUUACAGUAGGCAAGAACUAUAUUAUUUCAAAAACGACACUACAUGAAUAUAAACCUAAUGGAAAGGUUUUAAAAAAUAUUUCAGAAUUAGUCAUUAGAAAUAUAAGCCCUGUAAGAGAGAAGUUUGGUGAGAGUAAUGGAUGGGGGAAAUCACUCGUCAGUACAAAGCAUGAAAAAAUUCAUACUGCAGCAACUCUCUAUAAAAAAACAGAAAGGAGUCUGAGUGAUAAACAAGAGCUUAUUAAACAUCAGAAGAUUCAAACUCCAGAGCAAUCAUUUGAACAUAAUGAGUGUGAAAAUUCCUUCCUUAUGAAAGGAAUGUUAUUUACACAUACUAGAACUCACAAAGGAGAAAGACUCUUUGAAUACAAUAAAGAUGGAAUGCCUUUCAUCGAAAAGUCAAAUCCCAGUGUCCAUCCACAAAAUCUUAUGGAGGAGAAGCCCCAUGCAUAUAGCAAAUAUGGAAAGUUCCUCUGUAGAAAGUCCAUUUUUAUUAUACAUCAAAGAUCUCAAACAGAAGAGAAACCCUUUCAUUGUUCUUACUGUGGGAACAGCUUUAGAAGGAAGUCAUAUCUCAUUGAACAUCAGCGAAUUCACACGGGUGAGAAACCUUAUGUUUGCAGUCAGUGUGGAAAAGCGUUCCGUCAAAAGACAGCCCUCACUCUUCAUGAGAAAACACAUAUAGAGGGAAAGCCCUACAUUUGUAUGGAUUGUGGGAAGUCCUUCCGCCAGAAGGCAACCCUCACCAGACAUCACAAAAUACACACAGGGGAGAAAGCCUAUGACUGUACUCAAUGUGGAAGUGCUUUUAGAAAAAAGUCAUACCUCAUUGAUCAUCAGAGAACUCACACAGGAGAGAAACCAUAUCAAUGUAAUGAAUGUGGGAAGGCAUUUAUCCAGAAGACAACCCUCACUGUACACCAAAGAACUCACACAGGAGAAAAACCCUAUAUUUGUAAUGAAUGUGGGAAGUCCUUCUGCCAAAAGACAACCCUCACUCUCCAUCAGAGAAUUCAUACCGGGGAAAAACCCUAUAUUUGUAAUGAAUGUGGGAAGUCCUUUCGCCAGAAAGCAAUCCUCACUGUUCAUCAGAGAAUACAUACAGGAGAGAAAUCCAAUGGAUGUCCUCAGUGUGGGAAAGCCUUUAGUAGGAAAUCAAACCUCAUUCGCCAUCAGAAAACUCACACAGGAGAGAAACCAUAUGAAUGUAAAGAAUGUGGUAAGUUCUUCAGUUGUAAGUCAAACCUCAUUGUCCAUCAGAAAACUCACAAGGUAGAAACCAUGGGAAUAUAGUAAAGGAUGUGACUUUUAUUUUGUAAAAAAUUUUAAAGUUAUAAUAAACC